GAAAGUGUUUUUGAGACAGACAGCUUAUGCACACACUGCUGUUCACACUAUUCUGGGGGCUGCAGGGACAUCAUACACGUUAUCAUGUGCUGGAUUCAAGCUGGAUGGUGUAUGCUUGUGCUGAUCAGUGUAUCAGCUGCUCUGCAGAUCAGCCAGAAACCACGGUUCUACGGCGUGAAGACCGGCAGCAACGUGAAAAUCUUUUGUGAAUCAAAGGAACAAAGAGGGAAGGGAAAUGUGUUUUGGUACAAGAUUGACAAAUAUGAUGAGACGGAUGUGGAUAAAUACCCAUUAAAGAUGGAUGAGAGGUUCAGACCUCAAAACAGCAGCAGCAAAAGCGUGAUUUCUACCCUUACCAUCUUGAAUACUAGAGAAGAAGACACCGGAGUUUACUUCUGCAAAGCUGACACAACUUGGGGACCUGGAACUGAAAUUCGAGUUGUCAAACACAUCGACUUUAAUAAGGCACAACACAUGAGCAAGUUGAAGGAUGGUCUCAUCAUUUUACAGGGUCUGCUGUUGGCUGUGUGUAUUGCUGCUAUUCUGCUACGCAAACACAAACAGUUUGAAAAGAGUGACAGCAUGUAUGAAGAGCCAGAAAUGGACCACAUCUAUGAGGGUUUGGUGAUUGAAACAUGUGGAGAUCUAUAUGAGGACCUGACGCUGUAUUCCCAGCCCGAGAUAGCCGAGGCCCCGUGGGAGUGAAACCAACAACUUCUGUACCCCAAUAUUCUUUUACUAUGCCUUCUUGAGGAAACUGUAAGAACAAAAAAAAGCAGGUGCAGUGAUUUAACACAAAUAUUUUGUAUUUUUGUUUUUUGCUUGCAUUAGUCUGCAUAGAGUCAGAAACAUGCUUAUUCUAAAAACUGUCUUCAUUUUGAUCAAUGUUUGUUGUUGUUUUUUUGUGCCAUUUGAAAAAUCAAUGCAUAAAACCUGACAUUUUUGGUGCUUUAAAAAAAGAUUGUGGUGAGUUUUUUUAUGAUUGUAUGAUUGAUAUGUAAAUAUGUCUUCCCUUUGCUUGGGCCUGGAUAGGUCAUACAUCUCCACACACUAAAUCUGUUUGUCUUUGUUGAUUAAACAAUAAACAGGUUUAAGUUCACUGACUGAA